ACACCAACUGGCACACAUAUGGAAUGCCAUCAUCAGAGGUGGCAGCUUAACUGGCUGUGUCAUAAUGAUGAGACUUCUGUGGUGUGUAAUGAGUCUUUACUUCUAUGGGAUCCCCCAAAGUGAUGCCUCAGAACGCUGUGAUGACUGGGGACUAGAUACCAUGAGGCAAAUCCAAGUUUUUGAAGAUGAGCCAGCUCGCAUCAAGUGCCCACUUUUUGAACACUUCUUGAAGUUUAACUACAGCACAGCGCAUUCGGCUGGCCUUACUUUGAUCUGGUAUUGGACUAGGCAGGACCGUGAACUUGAGGAGCCAAUUAACUUCCGCCUUCCGGAGAACCGCAUUAGUAAGGAGAAAGAUGUGCUCUGGUUCCGGCCCAUCCUCCUCAAUGACACAGGCAACUAUACCUGCAUGUUAAGGAAUACCACAUAUUGCAGCAAAGUUGCAUUUCCCCUGGAAGUUGUUCAAAAAGACAGCUGUUUCAAUUCCCCCAUGAAACUCCCAGUGCAUAGAUUGUAUAUAGAAUAUGGUAUUCAGAAGAUCACUUGUCCAAAUGUAGAUGGAUUUUUUCCUUCCAGUGUCAAACCCAUCAUCACUUGGUAUAUGGGCUGUUAUAAAGUGCAAGAUUUUCAUAACGUAAUACCGGAAGGCAUGAACUUGAAUUUUGUCAUUGCUUUGGUUUCAAAUAAUGGCAAUUACACGUGUGUUGUCACAUAUCCUGAAAAUGGGCGUAUCUUUCAUCUCACAAGGACUGUGACUGUAAAGGUGGUAGGAUCUCCAAAAGAUGCAGUUCCCCCUCAGAUCCAUUCACCCAAUGAUCAUGUGGUGUAUGAGAAAGAACCAGGAGAGGAGCUACUCAUCCCCUGUGAAGUCUAUUUUACUUUCAUGAUGGACUCUCGCAAUGAGGUUUGGUGGACCAUUGAUGGAAAAAAGCCCGAUGAUAUCAGCAUUGAUGUAACCAUUAAUGAAAGUCUAAGUUAUAGUAAAACAGAAGAUGAAACAAGAACACAUGUUUUAAGCAUCAAGAAAGUUACUCCAGAGGAUCUCAAGCGCAACUAUGUCUGUCAUGCUAGAAAUGCCAAAGGUGAAGUUGACAAAGCAGCCAAGGUGAAACAGAAAGUGGUAGCUCCAAGAUACACAGUGGAACUGGCAUGUGGCUUUGGAGCCACAGUCCUGCUAGUGGUGAUUCUCAUUGUUGUUUAUCAUGUUUACUGGCUGGAGAUGGUCCUAUUUUACCGAGCCCAUUUUGGAACAGAUGAAACCAUUUUAGAUGGGAAGGAGUAUGAUAUUUAUAUAUCCUAUGCAAGGAAUGCUGAAGAAGAGGAAUUUGUUUUACUGACUCUCCGUGGAGUUUUAGAGAAUGAAUUUGGAUAUAAGUUGUGCAUCUUUGACAGAGACAGCCUUCCUGGGGGAAUUGUCACAGAUGAGACCUUGAGCUUCAUUCAGAAAAGCAGACGACUCCUGGUUGUCCUAAGCCCCAACUACGUGCUCCAGGGAACCCAAGCCCUCCUGGAGCUCAAGGCUGGCCUAGAAAAUAUGGCCUCUCGGGGCAACAUCAACGUCAUUUUAGUACAGUACAAAGCUGUGAAGGAGACGAAGGUGAAAGAGCUGAAGAGGGCUAAGACGGUGCUCACGGUCAUUAAAUGGAAGGGGGAGAAAUCCAAGUAUCCACAGGGCAGGUUCUGGAAACAGCUACAGGUGGCCAUGCCAGUGAAGAAAAGUCCCAGGCGGUGUAGCAGUGAUGAGCAGGGUCUCUCCUAUUCAUCCUUGAAAAACAUAUGAAAGGGGACAAAGAACAAAGUGUACUCCAGGAAGGAAGAGUCACUCUUCAUUCCCAGUUUGUGGUUGCAUAGGCAGAAAAAAAUUCUGUCUAAGCUUUUCCAUAGGGAUCAAUUCAGGAUGCUAUGGACAGGGCUGGCUAUUCUGCUUCUCAGGCAAUACUAAAGUUUAGAAUAUGUUGUCAAUAGCCUGUCACCAGACUUUGAGAUCAUCAUGUUCUUUGCAGGCAAAGACUUGGUUGAUGUGGAUUUCCCCUUUUGCAUCCUCUGUCUGUAUUCGUAUAUAUCCUUACUUAAAAAAAAAUCUUAAUAUUAUGAAUCAGCCUUACCCAUGGAUUUAAAUAUAGAUCCCUUUAAGAUAUGACAUUGUUGAACAGGGGCAUUAUGAGUUUCCAAGUAUUUCUUUUUCUUUUAUUUUUACUUAUUCAUUAACAAGAAAAUCAGGGCUUGCAUUUAUUUGAGCCUAGCAGAAUGAACAAACGCACUGGCUCAUUCAGCUGCACAGUAUACCCCCACACCAUCACCCAUUUAGAAUGAGAUAAAGCAGUGUAACUGAAAAUGCUUCUUAUAAUUGAUUUGAAAAGUAUGCUGCAUUUUUACCCACUGUAUCACCUUUACCCUCAUCUCAAGUAAUUGACAUCAUAUUUGUAAAUUUGAAAAAUACAUCAUGAUUGUUGUUUUAUUAUAGUAAAUUCCUGAUUGUCUUCAGAUCAACCCAUAUGUAUCAUUCCAUCUCCCUAUUUACUUGUAUCAGUUAUUCAAAGUGUGCAGAUCCAAUGAGAAGAAAACAAACAAACAGAUUUUGCAGGUGGCUCCACAUUUGAUUCAUUCUGAAAGAAAGCUUCUUCUAAUGGUGGUAAUGGAGAGUGAUAUAACAGCAGAAUGCUUUCAGAAAUUAUUUUGUCCUGUGGAAAUACACAUUACAGGGUGUUUGGUGAUUUGUCUUUUAAUCCUAGCCUUUUUAAUGUGAAUAUUAGGAAACUGGUCCCACCUCACUUGUUUUUGUCUCUUCCUUGCAAAGUGUGGAGCUUAGACUUAGCAACCUUGAGUAUUGCUUUUAACAUUACCAGUCUCAGAGAAUUAGUUAUAUUUCCCAUAAUUUAUGCACCAGUAUAGAUCAAACAUUGCCCCAGUUAAAUCAUUCUGAAAAGUCAUUCUCCGUGAAACUUGUUUUUGUUUAAGUAAAAUUUUAUUGUUUGCAAGACUUGGAAAAGUUAAAGCUAAGUGCAAAGUUUACAGAGUGGUGAAUAUCUAUGUUACAUGUAGAUUUUAUAUAUAUAUAUAUAUAUACAUGUAUAUAUGUAUAUAUAUCCACACAUAUGAAAUUUCUAUACAUUUGUGUGGAUAUGCGUAUAUAAAGUGUGCACAUAUGUGUGCAUAUAUAUGAAUAUAUAUGUAUAUAUAUAUAUGUACACACUAUCCUGCCACAUGAAUUAUAUGAUAGUACUUUAAAAAGUUUGUGGAAAAUGCUGUUAAGAAAAAACUAUGCAUAGAUUUCAAAAUUUUUGCACCAAAAAACUUACAUUUUAUUUCUGUUUUUUUUUCCAUGGAUUAUUUUACGUACCUUCAUUUGUAAGUGUGUGUGUGUAUGUAUGUGUAUAAAAUAACAGCCAUCAGUACUAUAUGGCAAACCACUGGAACAUUUGUCCAGUUGUUACGUUUUUACUGUAAUGCUUUUGUGUUAGUGUUUUUGGUACAUUAAUAGUAAUUGUAAAUUCACAUUUGGCAGAGUGGUACUUGUCAUUAUUACUUGCCUUCUCUUGUUAGUACAAACAGCUUACUACUACUACAGUUGACUUUGGGUACAGUGGAAUCUCUUGUGCAUAGAGCUUCCAUGGUCACUGUUAAGCAGUAGCCAGUCUCUGAUAUUAAUUGAUUUUAUACUCUAUUCCCAGGAAACACAUUUAGAAACUAAGUUAUGUUAAUCUCACUGCCCAUCAAUUUAGACUGUUGAGUUAAAAGGAAAAUAAAUAUACAUAUAUGUAAGUCUCAGUAUCCUAAAAAAGCACAACGAAUCAUAAGUUAAAGAAACCCUAUCCCAGUAGUACAAAUGUUGAUAAGCAAAUCUUAGAUUGCUCCCCACAUUUAAGUGUCCUCCAUCAAUUCUAAAGUUCAUAAUAAAUCAUUUCCACAUAUGAAAGUUGAUUGUUUAAAUUGAGAAAAGCUUCACCUUUGAAUUCUUGACUAUAAAACAAUGAUGUAGAAUCACUCUUAGAUAUAAUAUUUUUAGCCUUAUUCAUUCUUUUCCUUGUUACAAAUCACAGCUAUUUCCUCUAUUAACACUUCUCAGAAGAUUACAGGAGUGCGGACUCCAGAUAAACUGAGCAUCAAUUCUUACAUAAGCUUUAGGUAGUGGGUUGUAGUGGCCAGUCUCUUGCCGGUACUGCAUUCUUUGCACUUUUGGAUUCCCUAUUUAUCCCAAAUGCUGUUGGGUGCCCUUAGAAACUCCUUAUUUUUUCCUAUUUAUAUUGCUGUCUUUGAUACUGAAAUUUUCCAAACUUUAUUGUAUAAAGUAUAUCAGAUCUAAGUGAAAUGGCUCAUCCUAAAGAAAUUUAUUUGAUGGUACUUUUUAUGCUCCAGGACAUGUCCCAUACAGAACAUUUGAUGAGGGAAACAUCCUUGUAAUUUAGAGUGCAAUAACAAAUCACAUCUCACUAAAAACAAAACAAUGAUUUUGGGUAUCCUCUGUAAGACCUUCUGUACCCAGGUUAACAAAAGACCAUGAUAUAAAAUUUAUUUGAUUCUCUUUUGUAUUGUAACAUAGAUGAUUCCUUAGGAUUCUAAUAAAAAAGACUCCAUUGUAUUGGAAAAUAAAAAAUCACUUAUUAACUAUCCAUUUUCUAUACACAGGUUUUAAUAUUUAAGGAUUACCUUUUUAAUUUUAUUCAUGAACUUUUGUAUAUUCCAUUUUUCAUCUGAUUUGUAAAUUUACCUAUUUUUAAAAUAAACCAUUUAUUUUCAGCUUUGAAUUUUA